CUCUCUUCUCUCUCUGCCGUGGCCUUCUUUCUUGGCGAGCGACGGCUGGGCGAGCAACGUCGCCCUUCGCCGGCGACGAGCACCCACCAGGCAGGCCUCUUCCCUUUCCGUGGUGUGAAAUCGGGCAACGCAGACCCUAAUGGUUUAAUUGCGGUUUUACCUCAGUGGCCCAGUGGUAGCUCAAAGCUGCAGUUUUAUUCCCCUGCUCAAUUGCUGGGUUUGGUGGCUUGAUUUGGGUUUAUCUUGCUGAAUUUGGAUGGAUCUACUUCCAUUUGAGUUGGAGGAUUGCAUGACUGCGACCGGAAUUUCCCAUUGGAGUUGCAUUUUCAAAUCUGCGAGAUCGGAUCAAUCUUCUUGUGCUUAAUUUAUUGCUUGGACAUGGAUUUUCUUCAAUAAACUUUCACCAGGAGGAGAUAGGCCAAAGAGGCAACAUGAUGAUGGGGACUCAACUAUGUUCUUCCAGAGUUCUAUCACUUCAGCGAGAUGAAAAUGGCAAUGAGGAACUCUCGGUGCUUCCCCGGCAUACCAAGGUUAUUGUCACUGGGAACAACCGAACAAAGUCUGUCUUGGUUGGCCUACAAGGCGUUGUCAAGAAGGUUGUUGGCCUUGGAGGCUGGCAUUGGUUGGUUCUAAACAAUGGUGUAGAGGUGAAGUUGCAGAGGAAUGCUUUGAGUGUCUUGGAAGCUCCAACAGGCAACGAACAUGACGAUGAUAUCAAUGGCAACAAUUCAUUCUGCAGCAACUCCGACAUGGGCGAGAAAGACAUGGAUACAAGCAUAGAAUACCACAAGCCAACAAAGGCAAAAGUUCGGCAUACAAAGCCAUGGUCGUCCUGCGCAAAGUCGAGCAACCGAGCAAAUUUUCAUUUGACUUCGAAGCCGAGAGCGAAAGUAAAUCUGACAAAGCUCGGAACACCCACACUGUGGAGAUACUGGAAGCACUUCAACCUUGUAAGCAUGAACCCCAAUCCAUCAAAGGAGGAGCUCUUCCAUGGGGUACAACAGCACUUCCAGUCACAGCAACAAUUGGACGAGUUGCAAGUCAUCCUGGACUUCAUUCACACAACAAAGCGGUUGAAGAGCCUGUACAACAGCUCCUAGCCUUGUCAGCUUGUCAUCAGCUGCACAGAUCCAUGCUUCUCAUCUCUUCCUUGGUGGUACAGAUCUCAAGAACUUUAGAAUGUGCAUGUGCUUGGUCAGUGGUCGCUAAAAAAAGGUCAUAGGAUAGCCUGAACAUAAAGAAUUAGAAGUGAACUUAAUCUGGAGUACUUUUCUUUUUCUUACUUGUAAUGAUGAUGGGUUAUGUAAAACCCUUAUUGGUGGCAUAGUUUCAGACUGGCAGAUCUCAGUAUUGGAGACAUGAUACUAGUGGAAAUUCGGAAA